CUGCUGUUCUGACGUUCUCUUCCCAGCGGUUCUCCUCUUCUGUCUACCAAUAUUGCUGCCGCGUGGGGCUUUGCUGCCUGCUGCUGGAGUUUGAUCCUCGGAUCCACUUCGCUGUCUCCUGCGGCGCAAAGUCGAGCCCGGCGCUCCGCUUCUACGAGGCAGACUCUAUAGACGUACCUGCUGCUUACAUUGAAGUGCCUCCUGCUGCUACUGCUGUUGCUACUACUCGGCCUGCCGCUCGUGCUCUUACUGUUCCUGGUGCUGGCGCUGCUGCUGCUACUGAUGUGUCGGAUGAUGACGCUGCUGUUGGUGUUCCCGUGCCUGCUGCUGCUGGCCUCGAUAUUGCUGUGCUUGCUGCUGUUGCUGAUGCGCAUGUCGUGCUGGUGCCGUUGAUGCUGCAAUUGGUGCUGCUAUUGUUGUACCUACUGCUGCUGGUGCAGCUGUUACGGGAGUGCGUGCUGCUGUUGGUGCAGCUGCUACGGGAAGGCCUGCUGCUGCUGCUGUUGUUAGUUUGCCGGCUGCCGCCGCUGCUGCUGUUGCUCUUCCUGUUGCGUCCGUGCCUGCUGCUUUCAUUGAUGUUUCUGCUGCAGCUCUUAUCACUUUGCGUGGUGCUGCUGUUGUUGCUAUUCUUCCCGCGCCUGCUGUUGUUGGUGCUGCUGUUGCUGCUGAUGCUGCUGCUACGCUGCGUUUGUACUUCUGCCGAGCUUCUACUACUGCUACUGGAGGAGCUUCGCAUAGCAGGAGAAGUUUUUUGCGCUGCAGACCAGAACGUAAAAGUUGACGUGCCCAAUCGUACUUUGUGGCUCAAUAAAAUAUUUGGAUGGUAUGAUGGAGAUUUCGGAUCUACUAAUCUCAAGCAGCUGCUACCUCUUGUGGCUCGCAGCUUGCUGCAGCAGGCACUCCUGUUGCUGGACCAGGAGCAGGAACAGGAGGAGUGGGAGGAGCUGCUGCAGCAGCAGCAGGAGGAGGAGGGGGAACAACAGCAGCAACACCAAGUGGAGGAGGGGGUGGCGGGGGCGGUCUUGCCUUUUUGA